CACAGUAACAUGUUACCUCGCUGCAGCUACGGCACAGAGCGCUGAGCUGAGGCUGCCUGCUCUCUGGCUCACAGAGCAAACAUACAGAGCAAAGAACAAAGGAUAAGAAGAAGGGAGCUUGAAUGAUCAUCUCUCCUCGGUGGUGCCCUGCCAUAUUCUCCGAGAGAAAGAGAAGGAGGUGGAGGAGGAAGAACCUCGGUUUUAAAGCUGUCUUGGCUCAGUUUGCGUUAGAGGGAAGAGGACAAAGCAGCAGCAGAGGAUGCAAGGGAGACCCAAGGAGGAGAAAAGUUGACUCUCUUUUGCUCUGCCGUUCAACCAUCCCAAACAGGAGACCAAAGUUUAGUAAACGAGGAGAAGAAGAAGGAGGAGAAGGACAUCUGAGGGUGAGGGGUACAGGGAGCAAAAGCAUCCCUCAUCCCGGUCACUUUUGAGUGUGUGGGUUUGGUCAGUUAGGAAGGAGGACCAGCACUCCAGAGGCAGCUUCCCAUGUGGCAAGAGGCUCUGUGGACCCGUGGACGCUACCUGCUGGAGAAGAACGAUGGCGGCGAGUGUACUGAGGGGCCCGAGAGCAUGGUCGACGGGUGCCCGGGGUUCCAGGGUGAGGUGUAUGUGGAGGCGGAGAAGCCACAGGACUGGCUGUACGAGUCCUACUACAGAAUGAGCCAGCAGCAUCCGCUUAUCGUAUUCCUGCUGCUGAUUGUCAUGGGAACCUGCCUCGCACUGCUGGCUGUUUUCUUCGCCUCAGGACUGACUACAGAGGAUCACCUGACAUUUCUGAUCACUGUUCCCGCUGCUCUCUUCCUCUUCCUGUCCAUCUUCAUUCUUGUCUGCAUCGAGUCGGUCUUCAAGAGGAUGCUUGGCCUCUUCUCUCUUCUUAUAUGGGCCUGUCUGGUCACCAUGGGUUACCUGUUCAUGUUCUCAGGAGGGAUCCUCAGCCCCUGGGACCAGGUGUCCUUUUUCCUCUUUAUUGUGUUUGUCGUCUACACCAUGCUGCCCUUCUCCAUGAGAGGAGCCAUUAUUGCCAGUGCCAUCACCUGCUCCUCGCAUACUGUCACCCUAAGUGUCUGUCUGGCCUUUACCGUCACAGAACUGGAACCUCUGGUCUGGCAGAUCCUGGCCAAUGUGAUUAUCUUCACCUGUGGCAACCUGGCUGGGGCGUACCACAAACACCUGAUGGACCUGGCUCUCAAACAGACCUACCAAGACACCUGCAACUGCAUCAAAUCGCCCAUUAAGCUCGAGUUUGAGAAGCACCAGCAGGAGCGUUUACUGUUGUCAUUACUGCCCGCUCACAUAGCCAGAGUGAUGAAAGCCGAGAUCAUCCAGCGGCUGCAAGGACCCAACUUUGGACGAACUGAGAGCACAAACAACUUCCACAACCUCUAUGUGCAACGGCACACCAAUGUCAGCAUUCUGUACGCUGACAUUGUGGGCUUCACCAGGCUGGCCAGUGACUGCUCCCCAGGCGAACUUGUCCAUAUGCUGAAUGAACUCUUUGGCAAGUUUGACCAGAUUGCAAAGGAAAACGAGUGUAUGAGAAUCAAGAUCCUCGGAGAUUGUUAUUACUGUGUCUCUGGCCUGCCUGAGUCGCUGCCUCACCACGCCAGGAACUGCGUGAAGAUGGGCUUGGAUAUGUGUGAGGCCAUCAAGAAGGUCCGAGAUGCCACAGGAGUUGAUAUCAACAUGCGAGUUGGAGUUCAUUCUGGGAAUGUCCUGUGUGGGGUGAUUGGCCUCAGGAAGUGGCAGUAUGAUGUGUGGUCACAUGACGUAACUCUAGCCAAUCAUAUGGAGGCAGGGGGUGUGCCAGGGCGGGUCCACAUCUCUUCUGUGACGUUAGAGCAUUUGAAGGGUUCAUAUAAAGUGGAGCCGGGAAACGGGCAGAGUCGAGACUCCUAUUUGAAAGAACAUGGAGUGGUCACCUACCUUGUCAUCAACCCCAAGUAUUUUGGUGUUCCUCAGACCGAGAGGCACAGCCCUGUGUUUGGCCUGCGCUCGCGUCCCUCUCUGGAUGGCGGAAAGAUGAGGGCGUCUGUCAGAAUGACUCGAUACCUGGAGUCCUGGGGCGCAGCCAAGCCCUUUGCCAACCUCCACCAUAGAGACAGCAUGACUACAGACAACGGCAAGAUCAACACAACUGAUGUUCCAAUGGGGCAGUACCACUUCCAGAGACGAGAAAGGUCCAAAUCUCAACGGAGGAGGUUUGAGGAGGAGCUUAAUGAGCGAAUGAUUCGCACCAUUGAUGGCAUCAACUCGCAGAAGCAGUGGCUGAAGUCUGAAGACAUCCAGAGGAUCUCAUUGUUCUUUCACAACAAAGCUCUGGAGAAAGAGUACAGAUCUACAACGUUACCAGCCUUCAAGUACUAUGUCACCUGCGCCUGCCUCAUAUUCUGCUGUAUAUUCAUAGUGCAGGUCCUCGUCUUGCCUAAAACUGCUGUGUUGGGGAUCUCCUUUGGCCUGGCGUUCUUGCUGUUGGCUCUGAUCCUGCUCCUUUGCUUUGCGGGUCACAUUCUGCAGGGAAGAAAGGGGUCCUUCUGCUCUCUAACCUGGUUCCCCACUUCGUCCCGCAUCAUCGUAACCAACAAUCCCUGGCUGCGAUUGGUCCUGACCAUGACGACCACUGCUCUUAUACUGGUGAUGGCCGUCUUCAAUAUGUUCUUUGUGGAGGAUCCAGGAGGCUCCAUGGAAGAAGUCCAGACAACUGCUCCACAUGUGAAUCUAACUAAUCAAACCCUGUUGAACAACCUGGAAGAAAACCUGGGGGAGGACAAGUUUUAUCUGCCAUACUUCAUCUACUGCUGCAUUCUGGGCCUGGUGUCCUGCUCAGUGUUCCUGAGGAUCAACUAUGAGCUGAAGAUGGUGGUUAUGCUGGUCGCCGUGGUGAUCUACAACAUUAUCAUUCUCCAGACACACGCCUCAUUGUUGGAUGGAUUUAGCAAAGCACUGUACCAAAAAAAUACACUGGACAGGCCAGGAGUGCUUAAGGACCUUAAGACGAUGGGCUCCGUGUCUCUUUUCAUCUUCUUUAUCACGCUGCUGGUGUUAGCAAGACAGAAUGAAUAUUACUGUAGGUUGGACUUCCUGUGGAGGGACAAGUUCAAGAGGGAGUGUGAGGAGAUCGAGACCAUGGAGAACCUUAACCGGGUUCUGCUGGAGAAUGUUUUACCGGCCCAUGUCGCAGAACACUUCCUGGGACGGAACUGGAAAAAUGAGGAUCUUUACCAUCAGUCAUACGAGUCGGUGUGUGUGAUGUUCGCCUCCAUCCCAGACUUCAAAGAGUUUUACACUGAGUCAGAUGUCAAUAAGGAAGGACUGGAGUGCCUCCGUCUUCUCAACGAGAUCAUAGCUGACUUUGAUGAGCUGCUGUCCAAACCUAAGUUCAGCGGCGUGGAGAAGAUAAAGACCAUUGGUAGCACCUACAUGGCUGCAACUGGACUCAAUGUGACACCAGGACCAGAGUGCUCACAGGAACAUGACAGACAGUACAUGCACAUUGGCACCAUGGUGGAAUUUGCCUUUGCGCUUGUGGGGAAGCUUGAUGUUAUCAACAAACACUCCUUCAACGACUUCAGACUCAGAAUUGGGAUAAACCAUGGCCCAGUGAAAGCAGGAGUUAUUGGAGCUCAGAAACCUCAGUACGACAUCUGGGGAAACAGUGUCAACGUGGCCAGUAGGAUGGAGACUACAGGCGUACUGGGAAAAAUACAGGUAACAGAGGAGACAAAUUCUAUCUUAUUGACACUUGGGUACAUGUGUUCAUGUCGGGGCAUCAUCAAUGUGAAGGGCAAGGGUGACCUGAAGACGUACUUUGUACACACAGAGAUGACCCGAUCUCUGUCACAAGGGACUGUGAUGCCUUGAAUAUGACAAUAACAGAAAAAUAAGACUUCAGAACACAAAACACAAACAAAGUUGCUGUAGAAGUGAUUUGUCAUGCUCUGUAGCUAACACCCAUUAUCAGAGGCCAGCAGUACAAUGGAUAGAACCACUUUUGUCCUUAGCAACACAAUGUAGAGCUGUGGUGUUGAGGAGCACUGCCACAGUUCUCCAGUGCCGCAUUUUGGAUGCUUUUCACAUCUCAAGUGUAACAAAAGGACUUUGCUCCAUGGAGUCUCAUCACUGUCUAAAGGAGUGCCUCACUUAUGAGAGGUUUGCUACAUUAGUGCAGCUCUCGAAGACCUCAGUCACCCAUCUGUACAGUACUAGUGGUGUGGAGCUACUUAGCCAUGCCAGUGUUAGUGCUUCAGAGCCUUAUACUUGAGCAAACUGAGCUGCCUGCUGAGCUGUGCUUUUUUUUUUUUUUUUUUUUGUAUCUGCCUGAUUGGCACAGAGCGCUGGUUUGUUCCAUUUUAUUUCCAAAUGGAUGCUACAAUAGUUUAUUGUCAUAUAGAGCAGUUGAUGCCAGUAUGUCGCCAUAGUGGUGGGUAGUUUGCCAAAAACCUGUGAAUUGUAUUUAUAGCUGUAGAGCUGCAUUUUGUGUCCCACUGAAGAGGAGGUGGACUCGGGCGCAGGAUCCAAGUAGAGGAAAGUAGAGUUUUUCUUUUCUAAUUUAUCUGGAGACAAACCAACAGCUAUGAGUGUAAUUGUUCACUGCCAUCCUUUUGUUAUUCAUUAAACAUUUGUAUAUAAAUAACCA